GACGGCCGCGGCGCGACCAUCUGGACCUCACACGGCUUCCAAGGCGCUUCAGUCGCCAUCCCGGCCAAUAACUGGUGUACUGACAUGAACAACCUCUUCGGCGACUUCGACGGCAAGGCGCGUAGUAUCGUUGUCGCGAGUGGCUACAAGUGCCAGUUCUACACAGAGUACCGAUGCCCAUCAAACGGCAGGAAGCUUGAUGAAGGUAUGGUGAACCGAGAAGUUGCAAUGGCAGAGCUCCCAGGAGACUUUGACCUAAAGAUCCAUAGCGCAUACUGCGCGAAGAUCGAUGUGAAGUCUACUUCUUCCACUACUAUCGGCAACCUGAAUGAGGACCAGUCAACUGCUCUCACCACUCGCGCCGACUCCGACACUACAUGGAACGCCGCCUGCGGCCUUUCCGAUGGGCAGAACCUGCGUGGCACUCGAUCGACCGAUAUUCCUUCCAACGAGCAGUGUUACGACCUCGAGGAGUGGAACGAGGGCUUUGAUUGGGCGGUCAAGGUGCGGAGCUUCAUCGUGUAUGCGUACAACCGCUGCCAACUCUACACGUAA